AACCUAAGCAAGGGAUUCUCAUCCUCCUUCAUUCCAUCUUUCUCUCGUAGGGUUAGCGUUGAAACUUUCUCUCUCUUAUCGCAUUAACAGAAAAAUAAGCAACAGAGAAAAAAAAGAGAGAAACGGUAACAAAAGGAAAAUUCUUUUUGUUCUUUUGAUAAGUUCAUAAAACGAAGUAGGAAAUUGGUAGCGGGAGGUUUGGGUUUUCGUAGUUACAAUCUGGCUAUCGAGAGAUUUGCAUCUCGUCUGUAUGUUUGGGGUCGGAUUUUCCUAGUUAACAAAGCAUAUUUUCACUCUGGCCGCUACAACAAGAUCAUACUCUUCUCGCACCAUUGACUGGGUGUGGGGCAAUAAUGAGGGGGUAAUUAAGGUCUGCGUGUUGAGGAGAUCAAGAUCAUCACACAUUUGGAGGCUGCGUCGUGUUUUGGAGGGUUUGUCUCUUGAUUACGGCUAACGUUUCUUGUGGCUCAGACUCAGAAAGCUUGCCGUUUCCGUAUCCCUUUUAUUGCAUACAGCGAACAUCGUCGAAGUUUAUAUUGUAUUGGAGUUUUGAGCAUCUCUGUCAUAGUAGUUAAUUAUACAUCAGCUAGUUCUCAGUAUUGAACUUACACUUGCAUUGUGAAUGAAGUGUCUACGGGGCAACAAUGGUUAGGUUUUCAUGCUUCCAUACACACAUUCCCAGCUACAAGUCAAAGAAGGCAAUCCAACGACCAACUGAAGGAAUGCACAACACAUUUCAGAAGACCUCACUGGAUCAACCUGCUGCUCAUAGUAACUUAAAGACAUUGGGCUUAGGUAAGUGUGAGGUUAGUCCUUCCAUGGCAUCAAUCACCUGUCCAGACAAAGUCACUAGUUCCCCUGCUAGCGAAUGCUACUGGAAAUUGCAGGAAAUGCAGAGCGCUUCCAGUCCAGAAGAGUUUAAUCCGAGGACACAUCUAAAUAAAAGUAGGUCUGUUGGAAGUGGAUUGGACAGAGAAGGUAGAAUUUCUCAUGGUUCUGACAUUGAAGAUGAAACAGGUGAAGGUUUCUCAUGUGAUGAUCCCCACAGAAUGAAUUAUGAUCGAAGUUUUGAUGGCAGUGACCACAGUGGUUUGGAGGAACCAUCUGACAGCCCUGAUCCUGAGACGGAUUUAUUUAACAAGUAUAACGAGGCUCUGGACAUUGAACCAUUACAAGAAAAUAGCCAUCCAGGGCAUAGCGAACACUCCUUCACAAGCAGGGAAUCAGAGCAGCUAGAAAGGCAUUCUGAUUAUUCAGAGCAGUUAGAAAGGCAUUCUGAUGAUUCUGGACUCCGUAUGCCCAUGAUUGGAAAAUCUUGCUCGAUGCCUAAUUUUGAAGAUGUUUUACCUGAUUCUGAGGAAGUUUCACCAUCUCAUUUAUAUUCUGAAUCCCAAGGUAGAUGUUCUCAGAAUCUAGAUAAAAUAUCUGUGAAGGGGAAAGAAGUGUUAAGUUACGAUGGUUGUUACCAAGCAACGACAGAUCAAGAGAGUGACGAUAAAUUGCUUGGGAGCGAUAAUGAUAAUGAUAAAAAUGAAAAUGAUAAUUCGUUCAGUGAUGAAUAUGAUUCCUGUGGCGGGGUCACAAAAGAUUGGGCGAGUCAGGGAAUAGACAAGGUAGAUGCGGUGAAAGAUUUGCAAAGCGAGUCCUCUGUGAACUUGGAUGAGUUACCCAGCAAGGAUUUCAAGAUCAAGCGUAUUGAGGACUGGGUGAGCACAAUUGAUCUCAAGGAUAAGAUCCCUUUGCAAGAAACAGGUGAACCUUCAUAUUCGACGAAGGUUAAAAAGGCAUCCAAUAUCUUGGGUCAUGCAGCUAAUCUGAAGUUGGAUGCUAAGAGCUCUAUAGAGGUGGCUAAGAACUACAUCUCUUCUUUGGCUCCUACAUCUGCGUCAGCACAGAUGGUGAAUCUUGGAUUGGUUGUGAUACCAUUUCUUAGUGCCUUCGUUAGCUUGAGGGUUCUUAAUUUAUCUGGAAACUCCAUAGUCAGGAUAACUGCGGGUGCUCUUCCACGAGGUCUUCAUGUACUAAAUCUGUCGAAAAACAACAUUUCCACCAUUGAAGGGCUUCGUGAACUUACGCGCCUCCGUAUACUGGACCUAAGCUACAAUAGGAUAUCUCGGAUUGGUCACGGUCUUGCUUCCUGCUCCUCUCUGAAGGAGUUAUAUCUUGCUGGAAACAAAAUUAGUGAGGUGGAAGGAUUGCACAGACUACUCAAACUCAACAUAUUAGACCUGCGCUUCAACAAAAUUUCAACAUCAAAAUGCCUUGGACAACUUGCAGCCAACUACAUCUCCCUGCAGACUAUCAGCUUGGAAGGAAAUCCAGCCCAAAAGAAUGUAGGAGAUGAACAAAUAAAGAAAUAUCUAUUAAGUCUUCUACCGCAUCUGGUUUACUACAACAAGAAAUCGAUCAAAGCCAACUCCUCGAAAGAGGUUGCUGAGCGCCCAGCUCGGUCUGCCCCAAGAAAGGGAGCUGCCCCUAGUGUAGCCAGCAGUAGCAAGGUCUCUUCUUCCUCAAUUCAUGGCCGUCUAAGCCAAGCAGUCAGCUCACUAAAGCCAUCUAAGGGCAGACACGGGCGUAUUCCCCAUAUAAGUGGAACGGCUAAAGGAAUUUCUCAUCAUCCUCGCCAUCAUUAUCCAGACCCGAGUGCAAGACUGCUGAGCUUACAAGCAAAUCUCUCUAUGCGCCGAAGUCAGAGUGAGGGAUUUCUUGGAGCUGCUUAAAGUUAUUUUGGUACCCAAGUCCUCUUUUACAGUUUGUGUUGCUAUUUCAAUAACUAAAAUCCUUUUUUGCUUGUAUUCAUUGUUUCUUGCUGGUAACAGUGACCUUCAUGCAGUUGGAUAUGAGAUUGUUUGGUUUAGUUUUAAUGUGAAAUUUCAUCGUUGGGAUGUUUUUCCUAA